GCGUGCGGACGUUCGUUGUUUAGAGCUCGGUCAUAAAGUCAAGUGCCAAAGUGGCAGUGGCACCUUACAAAUAAAAUUAAAAAAAAACACAAGAAUAAAAAGGAAAAAUUGAAACCGAAAAAAAAAGAGAACGAAGAGGGCACACAACGUGCGGGUGUAAAGUGCAAAUGUUGACCAUGAGUCAAAUGCAACUGCAAUCGCAACGCGUUCGCCGCGGACGUCACCAUCACCGUCAUCAGUCCGCAGAGCCUUGCGAGUGUUUACGUCCUGUGAUAAGAGUUUUCGGUCUGCUGACUUCAUUCGUUAUCUGCGGCGUUGGCGUUGAUGUCUACAUGCAUGGCUAUCGGGCUGGUCUUUACAUCGUUUUUUCAGCCGUGCUGGUAAUGUUCAUAGAGAUCAAAUGGCUUGUAACCAUUUUUCUGCAACUACAGUGCUCAGAGGAUAAUUACCAGCGGAGGUCCUGCAGCUGCCUGAAUUGCUGGCGUCUUUCAGCGAUUUGUGGCGGAUGGCGACCCACUCCCGUUUAUGCGGUCAUCGGCAUCUGCCUGAUACUAUAUCCCCACAAUCUGUGGCUUAGUUAUGUGGCCGGAAUGUUCCUGAUACUCCUUGGUGUCCUCAGACUCUGCACGCUGCUCAGAUUUAGUCCCUCGAAGGCAGAGGAGGGCCUCCUGCCGCAGUGCGACUUUGAAAAGGUCUCCAGUUUUGUGGAUAAUAUGGAGGAUGAUUUCGCAGAGCUUAGCGCCUCACAAGCGGCCUUGGAUGACGAAGCGGAGGAGGAGGGCGACGACCCCCCGGUUAUAGAUGAUGAUGUUUGCUAAUAGUUAAGAUAUACUUAUAUUUUUCUCAUUUGAAAUUUAAUUUCGAUUUUUUGCCUAAAGUGAGAUUUUAGAUUAUUUUAAGAUAUCUAAUAACAUACAGUUUUUA